CAACAACAUCGAAACAAAUAUCUCAAACAUUUAUAUCUUGAAAAAUAAUGAUUAUCAAAUCGAUCGAAUUAAGCAUUAAUUAAUAUAUAUAUUGAUUGAUAAAUUCCGAAUCCGAUCAAAACAGAUUCACAAUGAUUGAUGAAAACAACAAUAUCUGGAUUUCCCACUGAGAAUUAUAUAUUUUUUUGUCAUCUUGCAAUCGCUUUCACACUCUUCAAGCGAAAUUAACAACUUUGAUUUUAUCUUUCUUUCGAAUAAAAAAAAAACAUAACUCAACGGAAACUACCGGUGAUACCUCUUAUUUAUCAUUAUCAUCAUCAUCUUUGAAUUUCAAAGAAAAACAAUUCACAAAGCAAAGCUAUAUAUUUUAGUGUCAAUAUUUGUAUAUUGGGAAACAAACAAAAAACCGGCAACAGCUGUACUUUGAUGUUUGUAAAUUCAUGUGCGACAAUAACAUGCGACAUAAAGAAUUUGUUAAAUAGGAGGAGAUGAACGAAUAAGUGACGUGUGUAUUAUAUCUACAUAUGUGUGUGUUUAUUAUUCCUUUCAACAUGUAUUUGUUUCUUAUCAUCAAAUGCAAUAUUUACCUUGACAAUGACAAUGAACCAUUUUCAUGAUGCCACUUGUUGGUUGAUGUUUGUGCAUCGUAUUUUGUGUAUAUGUCAAUCGUGCAUUCUACGAAUAUUUUAUGAAUUUCUUAGGUGUGUUAAAAAUCCACUUGAUCGUUCAUUGAUCAAUUAUAAUGUGAUGUGAUGUGAUUCUCUUUGUACAACCCAUAAAUUUUUUCGUCGGUUUGUUGAUUUCUCAUUUCAAUUAAAAUUUAUUUGAUAGCAUCAUAGCAAAACGACAAGAAUGAUAAUGAUGUAUAUCGACAUCGAACAACAGCAGCGGCAACAAUAUCCAUUCAUUCAACAUAAAACCUUUGAUCAUGUUCAAUACGGCUCGUCAAAUCAAAGUUGACUAUCCAUGAACAACAACGACGACAACUAACAAUGAUCACAGACAUCAGUUAUCAAUAUAACAUCUCUUUUUGCAAAUUGCCAUCACAAUAUAGUUUGAUGAAUUCGUUUGAAUAUUGAAUUUUUUUUUCAUCAUUUGUUCAAUUUUCGACUCAAUUUUCAAAAGAAGUAAUCAAUUAUUAGUGAUUAAUUAAAUUGCAAUAACAAUGUCGCCUACAUCGCCAAAAUUAUUAAGGACAAAACUUUUCCUUUCAUCAUCAUCAUCAUCAUCAUCAUCAUCAUCUUCGCAAAAUGAUGAUGAUAAAUCAGUGAUUAGCAAUAAUAGUACAACAACAACAAAAUCAAAAACAUCCGAUAUUAGUUUGGAUAUUGAUUCACAAACCAAUGUUUGUCUUGCAUGGCGGAAUCUUCGAUUUGAAAUAAAAAAGAAACGUUUCUUCCUGCCUACAAAACAAACCAGCAAAGUAUUACUACGUCGACUCAAUGGAACACUUGAAUAUCAUCACCUAACCGGAUUUAUGGGGCCAUCCGGUGCUGGAAAAACUACAUUGCUCAAUUGUCUCAAUGGUAAUGUUCGUGAUUCGGGUCUGACAAGAGAUUCGGAAAUUUAUCUGAAUAAAUUCGAACGACAAUCCCCUAGGAUUGGAUUCAUUGAACAACAUGUAAAUGAAACAAUCAUUGGUCGUUUGACAGUCCGUGAAAUACUUCGUCAUGCAUUCCUUUUCAAAAAUGGAUGGAAAUUUCGUUCUAGAGCUCAGAUACAUAUCGAUUCAAUAACUGAUGAAUUAAUGUUGGAUCGAUCCGUAUUGGAUCGACGUUUCGAACAUUGUUCAGGUGGCGAACAGAAACGUAUAGCCGUGGCACAAGAACUUAUGUCAUUGGUACCACCAUCUUUACUGUUUGUCGAUGAACCUACUACAGGCCUUGAUUCGAAUGCAGCUUUUUUGGUCAUGCGAUGUCUUAGAAAAUUGGCCAAUCGUUAUCGUAUGACUGUUGCUGUGUCUAUACACACACCGAAUGCGGAAAUUGUCGAAAUGUUUGAUAAACUAUAUAUAUUGGCACGUGGAGGCGUCUGCAUUUAUUCAGGCACGCCGGCCAUGUUACAAGAAAAUCUUCAACAACAAUUAAAUCAAUUAUCAGAUAUCAACUUUAGUGAACAUAAUCAAUCAAGCCAUGCAAUGGAAGAAAAAAAUGAUAAUCAUCAUGAACGACCACCAAUUGAGCAAUACCUAAAAAUUGCUUGCACUGGUCUAGAAUCAGAUUACGUUCGUUUAUUGGCCGAUCGAACAUUGGAGAUGGAAAAUGAAAAAUUACUACCUCACAUAUCACGAUUAGAUUUUCUACCAUGGGGAACGCCUCGUCGUUUGAAGCCCUUUACUAUUGGCGAUUUACUUUUGCAAUUAUCUCGUCUCUUCCGGGUGGUGUUUGUUGUUAAUGGCCACGUUUUCUUAUUACAAAUCCUAAUGUACGUUCUAUCAUAUCUAUUUCUGACAUUCACCUAUGAUCCACAAAUGGUACGACCAAGUGGUUGUUAUUCAAUAUCAUCAGAAAAUCAAACUUGUGGCCAAAAACUUAAUGAUGAUGCAUUAAUGGAAACAUAUGUUAGCUAUCAAUCAUUUUGUAUAAUGUACACCGGAUUCGGUAUGGUCGGCAUGGCAUCAGUUGUUUUUUCUCCACUUCUCAAAGUGUUCCGUAAUGAACAUCGCAAUCGAUGGUAUUCGCUUGGAACAUUUUUUUGGUCAUAUCUUUUUGUGCGAUUCAUCGAAAUGAACAUGUUCACAUUGGUCACAACAAUACUCGUAUAUUUUCCCAGUGGUCAUCAUACAAUUGAACCUCUCUCUAUGACUGAUGCUGGAAUGUUUCAGAUAAAUUGGAGUCGUUUUGGUCAUUUCCUUGGUCUUUUUUGGCUUUACAACGUCUAUAUGCAAAGCAUUGGACAAUUGGUUGCCGUCAUAUUCAUGGAUAAUGCUGAACUAUCGUUGAUCGUAUCGUACGUUUAUUACAUAAUACUUUGUCUACUCAAUGGCUAUCUCAUCAAUCUCGAACAUAUGAAAGAUCCGUUUGUUUUGAAAGUUGCACAAUUAUUAGCAUCAAAUGUAAUAUCAAAAGGUCUUCUUUGGUCAUUUUAUGGACUUGAUCGUUGUAAUCAAGAAGAUUUUUUUUCAGUCAUCCUUUACAAAUAUUACGUCAACCCGGAAACAGUAUAUUCGAGUCUGACGCAAGUUGCAUGGAAUACAUUGAUUUUACGGAUGGCAACAUUGGUUUUUAUGUUCAUAAGAUUCGAUUUUUCAUGGCAAUUACGACCAAUGAUCUGUUCGAAACGUUCUAAAACAAAAAAAAUUGAUUAUCCACCUUUAGGACCUUCAUCGAUAAUAUCUAUUGUAAAGAAAACACCUCCUCUUCCAAAACGAAUCAAACACAAUUCCGAAUUAGAAUUUGAACAAUUUUCACGCGACAAGAUUAUCGUAGCAUGGCGAAAUCUUACAUUAUUUGGUUCUAGUUCAAUACAUGAAAUACGUUCGGUACGUCAUUCUAAUUCGAAAAUAAUUCUGCGCGAUCUGAAUGGACAAUUUCGUUUCGGUACAAUGAAUGCGUUGAUGGGAACCUCAGGCUCAGGAAAGACCUCGUUGCUCAAAGUACUGAAUGGUCAAUUGAAAACACGGCUUAGUGUCGAAAAAAUCUAUUUGAGUCGAUUUACACCGAUCAGAAUUUGCUAUCUUACUCAAGAAGUUUCUGGCCACCUGUUGCCUGGACUAACGGCUAAACAAAGUUUGAUUUAUGCAUCAAGAUUAAAAAAUUACUCGAUGGGCAUACAUGAAGCGAUGAAAGUUGAUCAUGAACAAGUGGCAAUGAAUUUAUUAGACGAAUUGGAUCUUACUGAGACUGCCGAAACAAUGGUACAAAAUUGUUCAGGCGGUGAACGUAAACGCUUAGCAUUGGCAUUAGAAUUGACAUCAAUGUGGAUGCCCAAUCUAAUCUGUAUUGAUGAACCAACCAGUGGAUUAGAUUCAAAUUCGGCUGAGAUUGUUAUUGGUUGUUUGCGUGAAUUUGUACAUCGACAUAACGUAACGAUUAUAGCUAGCAUACAUCAGCCAAACACCGAUCUAAUGAACAUGUUUGAUCAGAUUUACGUGCUGGCCAAAAGUGGUGUUGGCAUCUAUUCUGGCCCACCAUCUAUGAUUCGACAACAUUUAUCACAAAUAACUGGCUAUAAUACAUUUGGCACAACUUUUCCCGUUGAAGAAUUGAUUAAAUAUUCAUGUAUGAAUCAUGAUGAUCCAGUCGUGCAAAAAUUGGUUCAAAACAACGAUCUCAACAUAAUCACGACAACGAUGGCUAACAAAAGUUUGGAAACGGAAACUCAAUAUGUACCGGAUGGAAUUCCAUUGAAUCGCAUUCGUUUUUCUAUCGGAUCAUUGCCAAUUCUUUGUUCACGUUAUUUAACGUUCAUUUAUGGCUACCUAUGGCAAGAAUGGGCAAUGUUUUUCAUUAUUUAUAUAUUCUAUGGAUUUUUUCUUCGUUAUUUUUUCGAUCCAAAGAUUGCUUUGGCUGAUGGAUGCAUAUCGCUAGAGGAGGAUUUCAAUCAAACAUGUAAUCGUUCAACAGCCAGUAUUGAAGAGGAAACAAAUCUGACAAGUAAUGGCCGAUAUAAUUUUUUUGCUCUCAAUAUUUUUGCCUUUUUGGUUAUGCUUCAAUGUGGACUUGCUUUUGCUAAAGAGACCAAAUUUUUUUUCAAUGAACAUCGUAAUGGUUGGUAUAGCACGGGAAUAUUCUAUCUGACAAAAUACCUUUACGAAACUAUUACAAUGGUGGCCAUUGUGGCUGUAUAUCUAUGGAUAAUUGAUAUCUAUGAAACUGUUCAUCCAGGCAUUUAUUGGUGGAUGUUUUUAUUGCUCAAUCUUGGUAUGCAAGCAUUUCAAGGUCUUAGCCAUUUUCUUACAUUGAUGGCUGAUGGAAAUUCAUUCAUAUUCAUUGCAAUGGCAAAUUUUUCAUACAUUAUGAUGUUAUUGACGGCAAAUUUUUUCAGCCGAAUUUCUAGUCUUCAUUAUAUAUUUCAAAUUGUAUCAUUCUUUUCUAUUUGUCGCUAUAUGAGUGAAGGUAACAUGAUAUUACAAUAUGGAUUUGAUCGAUGUGGUCCUAAAGAAAUUCAAGCCGUCCUAUAUAAUCUAGAGAUUCCGGGCAACCAUUAUUUUCAUCAUUGUAUCCAGAUGUUAUUAUUACAUAUAUUUAUUUAUCGUCUAAUGGCAUUGGCCGCUUUGAUUGCUAAAUCUAAUCCAUUGGAAAAUCGUCGUAGACGUGCUGAACGUAUUAUAAAAUAUCAUGAAGAAUUGAAACCAUCCAAUGCCAUUAUACCUGGUCUUAGUUCACAUGUGGAAUUUCAUAUUAAAAAAAUUCAUUACUAAAACAAACGCACAUGAAAAAUAAGAUGAAUUUUUUUUGUUAAUAAUUUUUUUUAAAUACAAUUUUCUUAUCAGU